AGAUGUUCACGCUGUAGACCUCCAGCAUCACUCGCUCCACCAUCAGGAGAAGAUGUUCACGCUGUAGAUCUCCAGCAUCACUCGCUCCACCAUCAGUAGAAGAUGUUCACGCUGUAGACCUCCAGCAUCACUCGCUCCACCAUCAGGAGAAGAUGUUCACGCUGUAGAUCUCGAGCAUCACUCGCUCCACCAUCAGGAGAUGAUGUUCACGCUGUAGACCUCGAGCAUCACUCGCUCCACCAUCAGGAGAAGAUGUUCACACUGUAGAUCUCCAGCGUCUCUAACUGGAGUGAUGUGUGAUGCUACUCAUCCAGGUAACCGUCCCUCUGUUACAGGUGGUCCUUCCAGCCGGAUCCAGUAAUCACUGAAGAUGAUGGAGUCUGAGGAGACCCACGUCAGAGUCGAGCCACCGGUGGUCCACCGGAGACCCCCCAGGGAGACGAGACCUCCACCACACCUGAGACCUCCACCACACCUGUCUGAUGAUGCCGUGGACUUCCUCCCAGAGGUCGAGUCACCAGAAACACAACCAGACGUCCAGCAGCUGUUGGUGGUUAAAGAAGAGGUUCCCUCUGAGCAGCAGGAGUGGAGCUCCAAUCUAGACCAGGAGGACCCAGAGCCCCCACACAUUAAAGAGGACCAGGAGGAACUCUGGACCAGUCAGGAGGGAGAGCAGCUUCAAGGUCUGGAGGAGGCUGAUAUCACCAAGUUCACAUUCACUCCUGUGAAGAGUGAAGACGAUGAAGAGGAAGCUCAGUCCUCACAGCUUCAUCAAAGACAAACUGAACAGAUGGAAACAGAAGCUGAUGGAGAGGACUGUGGAGGACCAGAACCAGACAAGAACUCAGAUCUAGAACCAGAUCCUGAUAACAAGACUGGAGACUCUUCUGAACCUGAGACUGAUAACAGUGAUGACUGGACGGAGACUAGAGAACCUCAGUCAGGUUUAAACUUUAAAAAGGUUUCUGUCAGUGGUUCAAGAUGUAGUGCUGGCGAGAAACCAUUUAGCUGCUCUCAGUGUUGGAAAAGAUUUGUCUUCGAGAGAAAUUUAAGGAGACAUAUGGUAACUCAUACAAGAGAGAAACCAUCCAGCUGCUCCGUUUGUCAGAAAUUUUUUACACAGAGUGGGAAUUUACAGAAACACAUGAGAAUCCACACAGGAGAAAAACCAUACAAAUGCUCAGUGUGCGGAAAAGCCUUCAGUGAUGGUGGUAAUCUGAAGGUUCACAUAAGAUCUCAUUCAGGAGAGAAACCUUUCAGCUGCUCACUGUGUGGGAAAAGAUUUGGCUUCAAGUCACAUCUGAAUAAACACAUUAGAACUCACACAGGAGAGAAACCAUUCAGCUGCUCAGUGUGUGGAAAAAGUUUCAGUGAUAGUGGAAAUCUGAAAGUACACAUGAGAUCUCAUACAGGAGAGAAACCAUUCAGCUGCUCACUUUGUGAGAAAUCUUAUACACAGAGUGGAGAUUUACAGAGACACAUGAGAAUCCACACAGGAGAGAAACCGUUCGGCUGCUCCGAGUGUGGGAAAAGAUUUGGCUUUAAGUCACAUCUGAAUAAACACACAAAAACCCACACAGGAGAGAAAAGGUUCAGCUGCAGUGUUUGUGACCAAAGAUUCACUUGGCUUUAUCAGCUCAGAAACCAUGAAUGUGUCGGUCGUCAGUCCUCACAGCUUCAUCAGACUCAGACUGAGGAGAACAGAGAGGCAGAACCUCCAGCCAGCAGCAAGGAGACCAGAGAACCUCAGUCAGGUUCUGUAAAUAAUGAUGAAUAAUGAUGGUUUAUCAAAGUGACACUGAUGAGAAACAAUUGUUGCUCAGUUUGUGGUAAAAAUGUUUGGCUGCAAGACAUAUCUGAAGAGACAGAAUUCAUACAGGAGAGAAACCAUUUAGUUAGCUUAACUUAGCUCCGCCCUCUAGUGUCCCUUCUGGUUGCAAAAAAACAACAUGGCGAAGACCAAAAGGCCAAACUCGAGGCUUCAAAACGUCAGUCCACCGACAAAUGGGUGAGGGCACGAAGACUACAUCCAAUUCUGUGUGUAGGCUGUGAUUUGUAAACAAACAUCAUAUUGAUUAUGAAUAAUGCACAUCGGCACAGCUUGCUGAUUGCUACGCUCUGGAACGGCUCAGCCUGAAAUUGACCCAACUCCACUGAUUGAUGUUCCGUCGUCUUCAUAGAAAGUAGAAAGAAACCUCACAUCAUGUUUGAUAAAGUCUGGAAACGUCUCACCUUGUAUUUAAUCAUGUGCUGUUGUGGCUUUUUCGUCAAUGUCAUGACAUGUUGUUUAGAACGUGUAAUGGAAAUAUUACCAGUCGGUCUUUUUUCACUACAGAAACUUAACAUGAAGCCACUGUCACUGCUUCUGCUUUUGUCUCCACUGUUCUCCAGUUCCUGGAGUUUUCUGCCUGUUGGGAUCAUUGCAGAUAAUAAAAGUUCAGCUUAAUUCUAAUAAAUGUUCCUCUCAUCUGAUUAGUUUGAUUGAGACUGGCGGGGCCCUAGACGUGCUGACUCUCGGGACAUGGAAUGUCACCUCUCUGGUAGAGGAGGAACCAGAGGUGUAGCGGUAUAAACUAGAUAGUUCCUCUGCCAGGGUUGUCCCUUGUCACUUAUCCUGUUUGUGAUUUUUAUGGACAGGAUUUCAAGGUGUAGCCGGGGGGAGGAGAAUGUCUGGUUUGAGGGCCUCAGAAUUUGCAGAUGAUGUGGUUCUAUUGGCUCCUUCAGAAGGUGAUCUUCAGCAGCACUGCGGCGGUUUGCAGCAGUGCGAGUGUGAAGCGGUCAGGAUGAGAAUCAGGACCUUCAAGUCUGAGUUCAUGGUUCACUGCUGGAAAACGGUGGAUUGCGUAGGGAGUCUGGGCUCAGCGUUUGAGAUAGAGUGAGGAGAUCAGACAUCUGGAGGGAGCUCAGAGUAGAGCUGCUGCUCCUUCACAUCGAAAGGUACCAGCUGAGGUGGUUCAACAUCUGAUCAGGAUCCUCCUGGACGCCUCCCUUUAGAGGUUUUCCGGGCACGGAGCAACUGUUAAAAGGCCCCGGGGUAGACCCAGAACACCCUGGAGAGAUUACAUUCCUCAUCUGGCCUGGUAACGUUUCGGGGAUCCGAAACGUGUAUAUAUAUGUAUACAGUUGUGUGAAAAAGU